AUGUCUCACCAGAGCAAAAGCAGCACACCAAGGUUUUUAACACAAACAGCGCCCCUCUCUCUUGGUACUGUAACUGGGCCCCACGAACAGCAGGCUUGGCAACUACUUUCUCUUCUAUUUGACGGCGACGACCGGCCUUCUGUGGCCCGAGAAGAGUUUGACCAGUAUAGAGCUCGGUGUCGCAAAGAGAAGCUGUCUGAAUUUUGGAAAUCGCUUGUAUAUGAAGAUGCACAAAGGCAUGCGAAGGAAGCACAGACGGCAGAGGAGAAAGCCAUCGCCUUCCUCAGCUGCAACUCCGUUGACGACGCCUGCCAUGCUCUCCUAAAAGGCCUCGACCUUCGCCUUUCUACUAUUGUUGCCCAGAUUGGCGGUGAUGAGGCGAUGCGUCAAGAUAUGACUUCGCAGAUUGAGGAAUGGCGGCGAAUGGAUGUACUUUCCGAGAUGGAUGAGGCUGUGCGUACGCUGUAUGAGCUGAUCGCUGGCAACUGCGCUCAGUCGGAAGGCAAAAUUGGAGGCGGUCGCGAAAACAAAGCUCUCACCUUCAAUAUCUGCAGCCACUUCAAACUUGACUGGCGCCGCGCUUUCGGCCUCCGUCUUUGGUAUGGCACAAAGGCUGAUGAACCCAUUGAGAUGGCCGUCGCCCAGUUCGCGGAUGCUCUCCAGUUUGGAAAAGAAGAUGUGAAGCCCAAGCCCUGGUUUGUUGAACAAGAGCUAGAUAUGGGAUGGGACGACCCCGAGAAGGACAACCGGGAAGACCUGCUCUGGGGGAUUCUGAAGCUCUAUGCUUCUUCAAGGCUAGAGUUGGCCGCAAAUGUUGAAGAUAUCCUAGCCCCAGAGAACGUCUCUGGUCACCCACUCAACGCCCGCCUGUCUUUCCAGCUCUUUCAGCUGUUCAAGUCUCGCCAGGAUGAUUACCGGGAAGAUACUGAGCGCAUCAUAGGCAUGCCAGCUGUCCGCAACGCCAGAGGUCAACCGUCGUCGCUCCUCUCCUCUACCGCGUCAACAACGGACAGGGACGACCAGGCAGACGACCCGCUCAUUGAGCUUGGCGACAAACUCACUAUCACCUAUGCAGCGUCCUUGCAUACCCCGGAACACUGGACGACGGCCGUCUGGGUCUACGCUCACCUGUCCAGCCCGGCUAUGCGCUCGCAUUGCAUCCGUUCCCUUCUCACCCAAUUCUCAAACACGUACUCUCUUACCGAUACAGACCCCACCUCCAAGUACCUCUCUAGUGAACUCCUCAUCCCGCACACCUGGAUGCAUGCUGCCGCUGCCCUCCAAUCCAAGACCGAAGGCGAUGCCCUCCGCCAAGCUAUGCACCUCAUUAAGGCAGAUGAGCUAGAGGAAGCGCACGAAGUCCUGUGCCGCAGCGUCGGCCCAGACUCCGUCAUCUCACGAGACUACGACGCCCUUCGGGAGCUCAUGGGUGGGUUCUUUGGCACGCCUACUAAUAGUCCCACAUCUGAACGCGGACGCGCGGGUAAACGUCACAUCAAGGAGCCCGUGCCAGGCUGGAACCAAGGCGGCCAGAUCUACUUCGACUAUAUCGAGCUGAUUGAUCUCACGGGUCAGUGCUCGACGUACCGUGUGGACGAGGAGCUCAAUCAGCAGAUUGGAGCUUUGCUGGCCCAGUUGCAACGCGCGCUGGAAGUAGUGGCGAGGGAUAGGUGGGAGGGUAUAGGGUUGGAGGAACGGGCUGCACUGGCUGAGAUUGCAGGGACGGUAGCGAAUCUCAGUUCGAGAAAUAAGGCGAGCUCCCGCAUCCUCAAUCUGCCCCUCACGGAAGAUCUGUGGCUAAAGCAUUCGUGUGAGCUGAGUACCCAGUACUACCGCAAUGUGAUGGCGAGCGGCAAGUAGGAAUUGCUAGCGAGGAGGAAUUGUGUGGCGUGUAGUACAAGGAUGGCUAUAUGCAUAGGUAGACCGCCGAUGCUAGGGAAUAGGAUGUGGGUGAGAUGUGAGACUUGUGGGAAGACGGGAUGGAUGCCACGGUGGAGUCAAUGAACGUGAGUGAUAGGUAGAGUGGCGUGUAGGAUGCAUUGAUAGAGAAAAUGGGUAAUGGGUGGUGCUGUGGCGCGCAUGCUGGGGUGAAAAGGGG